AUAAUUCUUUUGAAAUAUGUUUCUCAUUAAAAGAAGUUUCUCUUAAAAAGAAGGCUAUCUACCGACAAUUCAAUGGAAGACAAACAACAUGAAUGGUGGACCCAUGCGACUGCACAGCAGGAAGUUAUAAUAACAGGGAGCACGGCAUCAAUGAAAUGGGAAACUACCAAUGACUGGAAUACUAUCGUCAUCCCCAACGAUCUCUACGUCACCUUUAGUGGCUUAAUCUCUGAAGAAACAUUCUCCGUGAAUAAUACAGCGGCGAGAAUACGGCUAAGAACGGUGGCCGAUAGCAGGCGAACUCCGCGUUCCAUCGAAAAUUCCGUUCGUUCGAUUCCCAGGGCGCACACAGUGAGUUUGUAUGGAGCAGUGGAUAACAGUGUGAACCGCGUGCCGGAAUACACCAAUGGUCAAUGGUGGGGAGAAAUCGUGAAUGAUCCAUAG